AUGUUUAUACUAUCGGAGCUUUCGGAUCUAGUACGGGUUCCGCCUCCGUCGUUCAAUAUCCCGACCCCUGUGGCACUUAAAGAUGAGCUUCAUAAGAAGUACUCCAACAAGGUGAUCUCCAACGUGGGGCUUGCAGUGUCGGUGUGGGACAUUCUGGAGAUCAAGGAUGGGCUUCUUAAGCCGGGAGAUGGCGGUGCAUACGUGGAAACACAGUUCCGCAUGAUAGUGUGGAAGCCGUUUGUGGGAGAGAUCUUGACUGGGUGGGUGCAAGAAUGCACAGCCGAGGGCAUCAAGGUGAGAAUGGACUUCUUCAAUGAUAUUUUCAUUCCAAAGGACUAUUUAUUUGAAGGGUGUGUGUUCAGGCCGGCCGAGCUGGCGUGGGUGUGGCAGCCAGACGCCGACACUGACUUGUACAUCGAUGUCAACGAACAAGUGCGGUUCCGUGUGGAGGAGGAGAUCUUCGCCAACAUCAAGCCCAAGGCUCGAGACUGA